UAGAAGAUGAAGAAGGACGUUACCUUCAGUCGGUUAGCUUGUCACAACGGUCUCGACAUUUCUACAUUUGUCUUCGCCUAAAACAGCAUUUUCACCUGUGAACGUUUUACUUCUUCUCUUUGUGAAGCGACUGUGCGCUUUAUUUAACACAGCUCCGAUUUUAAUUUAAGGUAAGCACCCGGAGAAGACAUUGUUCUGUCGGUUGUUAGCCGCUAGCUAACUGUGUUGACGCUGGAUACGUUAGCUUGGAAACGCCCUGAGCGUUUCUCCUCCCAUCAUGUCUCACAACUACCCGUACAGGCGGCCGCCGUCUGACUCCGAUCGCAGACCUGACCCCGGACCGUAUGGCUCAGCAGACCGCCGUCAAGUCUCAUCGGAUAACGACUUUUACAGGCCACCUCAGGAGUCCUUCGCCUCGUCCCACCCGUCCUCCUCCUCCUCCUCGUCCUCCAGAGGAGCUCAGUGGACCCAGGAUGGCGCUCUCGGCAUCCUGAACAGCUGUGGUCUGGAGCCAGGUGACCUGGCUCUGCUGGCUGAGCUACCUGAAGACGUCCUCACUAUCGAGUCCCUGCCUCAAGUCCUCAAACAGAUCAAAGGAAAGAGGGCCACCAUCAGACCUUUUCCUCCCAAUGCUCCAUCUCCUCCUUCCUCCUCCUCCUCUUCGUCUUAUCUCCCUAGCUCCUCCCGUCGACUUGCUCUCAGCCCUUCCACCGGCGACUGGGAUCCCCACAGCCAGCCGCUUCAGUACCCUUUGGACCACGUGACACCAGAUCCUCUUUCUUCUGAGCUGGACCGCUGGGGGAAUCCCAGGACCUGCGGCUCUGUCAGAACAGACCCACCCUUGUCAUCAUCAUCCUCCAGCUAUGUUUUGGACUUCCACCACAGACCAGGACCUUCUGAGUAUGGUAAGACAGGCAGAGAUGCCGGUCCAGUUUCCUCUCGGGACUACAACCACAGACCAGCAUCCUCUGAUUUUGGCAAGACAGCCAGAGACUCCGCUCCAGUGUCCCCUCAGGACUACAACUACAGACCAGGCACCUUAGAGUAUUCUAAGACGAGCAGAGACUCCACUCCAGUGUCCUUACUGGACUACAACCACAGACAAGGACCCUCUGAUUAUGGCAACAUGAGCAGAGACUCCGGUCCAGUUUCCUCUCAGGACUACGACCUCAGACCAGGACUCUCUGACUAUGGUAAGACAGGCAGAGAUACCGGUCCAGAACGGCCCUCUUUCAGCUCAGCAGGAAGAAACAAAAGAACUCGUCCUUCCCGUUUCUCUCAGCCGGAACCAGCCGAUCACAGGUCAGCUCCUCCGCCUAAAGAGCUCCAUCCAAAAACUCAAGUUGGGCACCAGUCUGAGACCUCGUCCACCUGGAGCAACAGCAGCUGGUCCGCUGCCUUGAUGCCCUCCAAGAAAAAAGCGAUGGACUUUCACGGGACAUCUCCGACAAUGUUCCCGUACUCAUGCUCUCUGUGUGAUAUCACUGUGAUGUCAGAGAAGGUGUGGAUUAAACAUAUAAACGGGCCUCAUCAUGCGGACGGACAGCUCACCCUGCUGCAACAGUUUCCUAACUGGGACUGUCGCAUGGAGACAGUCAUCAGGGUGGAAGACCAAUCAGAGAAGAGGAAAGAUGAAGGACAACCCGCCCGGCAGACAGCCAAUCAGAGCUCUAAUAAGCCACAGCCUAAUUUAAAAGUAGAGAAGAAGACUGCAGACAAAAGUAAAGUGGUGUGUGUCAAGUUUCCGGCUCAGUCUGUGGACGAGGCGUACCUGAGGAAACUGACCGAACCGUUCGGGAAGGUCGUCAAGAUCCUUAUGUUCCCAUCUUUAGCGUUUGUGGAGCUGGGCUCCAUCGAUCAGGCGAAGGACUUGGUGAAGUUCCACACAAACUAUCCUCCAACUGUAAACGGAGAGCAGAUGGAGUUCAGGAUCUCAAAGACCUUUAACUUUCUCCAGAGUUCUCGGGUGGUGAGUUUCACUCCGGCUCCAAUAGGAGAGGACAGCCAAUCAGAUCUGAUAAGCAUCAUCAAACGCUUCGGCUCGCCACUCUACACUUUGUUCCUGCCGUCCAAGGCGUUUGUAGAGAUGAAAAAUACACCUGAUGCUCAGAAGCUGGUGGAUUAUUACUCCUCCAAAAACCUGAGGAUCAACAAUGAGGUCAUCCAAGUUUCCUUCUCUGGAGAAUACAAGAGCCUCAUGCGAGUCGCUUCAGCAAAGAAAUUCGAAGAGGAAACAAGUUCGACCAAGAGGUCAAGGAGUUCGAGCCGAGAGAAGGAAGACAAGACAACAGAGACCAAGAGGAGGAGGAGCAGUAAAGACCGAGAGGAGGAGGGAGAGAAAUCCAGCAGAGACAAGAGGACCAGGUCCAGAUCCAGAGAAAAUGAUGAGAAAAGGACCAGAACAAAGUCCAGGUCCAGAGAAAGAUCCGGCAGAGACAAGAGGACCAGAACCAGGUCUAAAUCCAGGGAAAAGUCCACCAAAGAGAAAAGCUCCAGAACCAGAUCCAGGUCCAAAGAGAAAUCUAAAGAAAAAUCCAUUAAAGAGGAAAACACCAGAUCCAGAUCCAGAUCCAGAGAUAAAUCCAGCAACGGGUCCAGAGUAAAGUUGGAGGCACCAGUGAAAACUGAGACACCUGACUCUGAGUCCAGGACUGAUCCUGAUCCAGCGCCUGUCAAAGACAUCAAACCUAAAGCUGAAGUAAAAGAAGAGCCUGAAGAGGAAGCAGAGUCGUCUGCAGACGGGAGCGACAUCGAGGGGAUGGAGGUGAUCGGAGAGGAUGGAGAGAGUCUGGAGGGUGAAGACCUGGAAACUCUGGAUGACACUGAUGUAGAGGAGGAGGAGGAGAAGGAAGAAGACAAGGUGGAGCGAAGCGACUGUCCUGCAGAGAAUACAGACUCACGUGAAGAAGAUAAUGAGGUGAAAGUGAAGAAUGAAGAGGCUGGUGAUCAGGAGAUAGAAAUAAAGCAGGAGAAGAUGGAGAAGGAGAAACCUAUUAAUGAAAAAGAGGGAGAAGAGGUAUCCAUGAAGACAGAGAAGGAGAAACCCAUAAAUGAAAGAGAGGGACAGGAGGAAUCCAUGAAGAAGGAGGAGAGAGAGUCAGAAUCCAGCAGAGAAGCAGAGGAGACUCAGCCGGAGGAGGACAAGGAAGAACGAGAUUUCCCAGUAGACCUGGAGAACUGCAUCACUCUAGAUGAACUGGGAGAAGACCAGUCUGACGACCAAGAUGAAAAAGUCAGAGAUGAACCCAAAUCUUCGUCCUACCGAGUGGUUUACUUCGACCACCUCCCGGAGACUCACUUCAGUGACCUCGACUUCUUCAAGUUGGUGAAAGAUUUUGGGACGCCGGUGCGCUAUUUCCGAGUCCCUGGACGCCAAAAGGGUUUCAUUGAGAUGUCGACUUCUGCAGAGGCUCUGAGAGCUGUGAAUGAGCUGUCCUCUAAAUCUCUCACCAUCAAUGGCUCCAAAAUCUACAUCAACAUCUCUAACAGAUACAUGAAACUGUCCAACGGGCGGUCAGUUCAGAUGGCCAUGGACAAAGAGAAGAGAAGGAGGAGUGAGAGAUAUAACAGGGACGAGUCUGAGGAGAGGAGGUCUGAGGGGAGGAGGGAGUCCUCGAGGAAGACUCCAGAGAAAAAGUCAACGUCUAAAAAGACUCCAGAGAAAGAUUCAAAGUCUAGAAAGACUCCAGAGGAGUCGGUGUCCAAAGUGGCUUAUAAGAAAUCUUCAGAAAAGGAGUCUGCAUCCAGAAGUUCUCCAGAAAAGAAGCCAGAAAGGGACUCAGCUGUCAAAAACGGGUCAGAAAAGAUCUCCAGGACAACACCAGAGAAGGAGUCAGCCAAUAAAAAGACUGAAGAGAAGAAGAAGGACUCAGCUGAGGAGGAGUCCGCUGCUAAAAAAGCUCCGGAAAAAGAGUCUCUGUCUAGAACGCGUUCAGGAAACAAGACACUAAAAAGAAAAGGGACUCAUGAGAACGAGUCUGUGCCUGAAAAGACAGAGAAGAAGACAGAUCCCACAAGUGAUGAGACUCCGAUAAGACAGGAGCUGGAGGAGGAAGAAAAGUUAGAGAUCCAUGACAAAGAAGGAUCAGCAGAGAAGACUCCAGAGACGGAAGAGUGUAAAGACAAAAAGACUCCAGAGACGGACGAGCGUAAAGACAAAAAGACUCCAGAGACGGACGAGUGUAAAGACGAAAAGUCGCUUGAAGUUGAGGAGGAGACAUCUGAACCAGGACCAAAGGAUUCAGAGAGUCCACAUCAACCAGACUCUACCAGCGAUCCUCCAAAACCACAAACUGAACAGAAAGCUGCUGAUGAUCAGCUGCAGGACUCAGAGGCACUGCUCCAAGUGCAACAACAGCCUGAACCUGCAGGGGGCGCUGCAGAACUGCAGACACCCACCAAACCUGUUGGCACAGAGUUUGUCCGACCGGUCGUUGGUUACUUCUGUAACCUGUGUCAGCUGAUCUACGCUGACGAGGACGAAGCCAAACUGCAGCACUGCAGCACCCUGACGCACUACAGGAAGUACCAGGAGAAGACGGGGAAAGAUCCGUGGGCGAGCUGAGCGCCUGAAGGUGAACCAACAUGAACACUUUAACUCAUUUAUUAUUCAGAUUUAUUUACACUUUGGAUGAAUUUGUACUUAGUUUUCACUUUUAACUAGAAAUCUUUCUUCUUUCUGUUCCUGCUCAAACAUUUGCUCUUUAAGAGUUGUUUUAAUUUAAUUUUUGUAAAAGAUUCAGU